UCUUCUUUAUUUAUUUUUUCUGUCGGAAUACUGUACGCCCACUCCUCCCUGCCCCCUAGGCCCCUACUUCACAUACAAAUGCUAGCUAUACAAUACUCAUAAGAUUUUAGAUCGGAUAUUGGGGUCCCAGAUAUGAUUUUGGAUUGGUAGCCAAGGAUUCGUUUUAUCCAAAUCGUUCCUCCCUCUCUAUACAAGUGCUCCACUAGAAAGCUUAUAUAGGGCUGUAUAACAGUGUAAGCUUCAACUAACAUAAAGGUAAAUGUAUUCUAUCAGGCCUUCCUUAUCAUCAGUUGCUCAUAUAACAUAUGAGUAGGAGCCGAAACUGUAUUAUUUUAACAAGCUGCAGGUUAGUAGUUCAAGCUUCAGAGGAUAAUAAGCUCGAGUUAUGGAGCAUUCCAACAAUCGCGCCACCGAGAGAAGGUUAAGGUAACAAGAACUAUGUUCCAGACGCCUUAACCAGAGAAAUAGCAAUGUUCAGCCACAAAGAUGAUGACGAAGGCCGCAAUCCCAGAAACAGAAGAACUGGGAAAGAACAUGAACCUGCUGAGUAUCCUAAAGAAAAAAUCCUCAAAAGAUUCCUGCUAGAUCCAAAAGGACUAGCUACAACUGAUCAAUCCCAGGGUAAAGGAUUGACUAGCCCGUCUCAAACGGCAGACGGUAAAGGCUCAUCAAGACCGUUGAAGGCUGUUGCUUUGCCAAAAAGCAAACCUACUCCAACUGGAGUAAUAAAUGUUUUUAAUUAUGAACUUCAAACCUUUGAUGCUACUGCGUUCAAAACUGGCAGGAGGCUAGCUUACCACCAGAAGGCAAUCUUGGACAAUCUUUUAUUUGCCUUUCAAGAAAGAAGCAGUGGUCUGAUGUUCCAAGCUCUCUUUGCACUAGCUGAAGAACUCUAUGAAAAUGCUAGAGCACAGUUUGAAGAAAUUCAGAUACAGCAGAGUGCUGUUAAAGAAAAAAUUCACUUCCUUGAAGAUCCAGAAAGUGCUAGAGUUCCUAUCAUAACACUGAAAGAAUCGGAUUGGAUAGAAUUCCAUAAUCUGAUAGGAGGUCAUAAUUCUGAGGCCUGUAUUCCUCCAACUCUCUUCAUUAUUGCUGGACCUUAUGUUGGAAGAUACCUAGUCAAUGUUCAGAGUGAACAUCCUCAAGAACACAAGUUUUGGCUUGUUGAAAAUGGUUUUGUCCAUAAUAUGUGGACUAAAACAAACGAUGAUCUCAAAGGCUUGCCCCUUAUCAUUGUCAACACAGUCAAAAAUGUCAGAAAAAAUGACUGCAUGCUUCGACUAAAGUUCAGAUCCACUCAACCAGAAUGGAUCCAGAAGGCAAACGAAGAGAUUGAGUAUAUUUCUCCAUAUCACUAUGUAAGAAUCAUUCAAAGAAGAUAUCUUCAGCCUGCCUGUGUUGGAUACAAUGGUCAGCCAAAUUCAAGCAUCCCAUGGAUGAAAGCCAUGGCUCUGGAAUACAUCAAAAAGAUCAUCUCUGAAGAUACAAAGAAUACCUUCCUGGCAGCAGGAGAAAAAACCAUUAUCACUGCUUACGAUCAUCCUGACGUAGUCAGCAGGGACAUUUUUCUAUCUCUCACAAGAAAGGAGAUAGACUCAACACUGGCAUGCUUACAGUGGGUUGAAAGGCUUGAAACAGACAGCCACUACAAAAUGUAUGUUGAUACCGAUGUCGAAGAUAAUGCAAUAACUACUCGAAUGGCCCAGGCAGACAACGACUCCUUUGUCCUUGGCCACAACUCAGAAACUGACGAGAAUAUGUGAAGCUACAGGUGAAGAAAAAACACCAAAAUCCAUUUUAGGAAUAAUAACAUUUGACCUUUUCAUAUCUGUUUCUAACAAAAGAGUUUGACAUUUGGGAUAUGUAGAUUUUGCUUUUGCAUUCAAUAAAAUUGACAGGACCCACCCCGGAUUUCACCCUGAAAUCCGAAGUGGCCCUGCGGGGCCCACCUUAGAAGAAAUUCUACCAAAAAUUUGGCGGAACUUCCCCUAAAAUGAGCUACCCAAAACCUGUAGAAAGCAUUUACACUUCUAAAUCAAAUCAUCCUUAUACUUCUGGAGCCACCCUGCUCCCCAACUCAACACCAAUCUCCAAUUCACAAAACACAAACCUCAACUUGAAAAACAUAAAUCCCAUAGGUAAUCAGAGCAAUUCUAAUAAAAAGGUAAAUAAGGACAACCUAACUCAAAGGCAACCGCGGAAGCCAUGCUGUUGACUAUGCCUCAACUCCAAUGUACGCCCGACCUCAACUAAUUUCGCCGCAAACUGGGCAUUUGAAACCGAAGGGCCCAGGGGGAAGUAAUUGAAAAACACGUUAGCGUGAGUGGACAAAAAUAAAUAAUUUAAUAUGAAUAAAACAAAAUAAAACUUCAUACUUUCCCACAUUUUUCGAUAUAUAUAAAAUCCGGAUGCAUGCAACAUUUAUAAAACACUUACGAAAAUAAUCCGAAAAACGUUGAACUCCAGAAAACCGACUAGCCCCGCUAGUCACAACAACAGAGUAAAAGAUUGAAAUUUCAAUACUCGAAAAUAUAAGUCCAGCCCCGCUGGUUAAGAAAACUCAGACUAGUCCCCGCUAGUCAAAAAUAGUAUAAGUAGGGGAAGAUGAUAGCCAUACGAAUAAGCCACUCAGGCUUGGGUGAUAGCCUCCCAGGCUAAAGAACUCCCAUAACUCCCGUAAUAUACCCUUACGCCACUAAGUGUAGCGAUAGGAUACUGGGCUACAGAAUUACUAUCACAGAGACAGUAACCUGCGCCACAAAGGCGGAAGGGCUACGGUGAUCCCAUCACCGCGCCACAAAGGCGGAAAAUCAAUGCUAGCAUGAUAAAAUCACCCCUCAGUAUGGCACAGGGAAACAUAACCGAAAAUCCAGUAAAUCCAAAAUACAUAAGGCUUCCCCCAUCUCUCGUAAAAGAAUUUCCAACGACGUGUCCCACACGCCAAGAUAAUCUCAAGUUCAAAAUAAAUAGGAGAGAAAAUAAUAAUAAAACAUAAUCUCCAUGAAUCGAAACAAAACCAAUUCCAAGUUCAUCAUCAAGGCACUCCCAAUGCCAAAGCCGAAAGUCGAUAAAUAAACAAGAAAUAUAACUCCAUCGAAAUCUCAUUUCGAAAAUCCUUUAAAAGUCUCAAAUCAACGAAUAGAAAUAUAAUAAAAAAAAGUAUAAUUCCGGAAAUCACAUCGGAAAUAAAUAAUUCGUCAAAUAAUAAUCAAUCUCUGAAAAUAAAUCAUAUGCUCGAAAUGUAAUAUGAUAAAUAAUUAGAGCAUUACUUCAAGAAAUAAAUGCAUGCAUCAAUUCUUAAAAACAAAAGUCCACUCACAGGUGAGUCUCGCAGCUAAUCCUGCCGCCUACCCGUAUCCCCUCGCUCAAGGGAUCAAUA